AUGGCGAAUAAGGAGAAGCUUCCAUGGGAUUUGGUGGAAGAGAUCCUCUCUCGUGUACCUCCUAAACCUCUUGUCCGAUUCAGAACCGUUUGCAAACGAUGGAACACUCUCUUCGACGACAAGGCGUUCAUCAACAACCACAAGAUGACGUUUCGAUUCAUUUUAACAACGAAAUCCAAGAUUUAUUCUGUAAGUCUCAAUCCCGAGAUAGAGGUGCGUGAGUUAAACAUCCCUGGUUUAAAUCUUCCUGACCAGGAACCUGAAGACUUGGUCGAUUGCAAUGGGUUAUUGCUUUUUGAAAUGAGUAGAGGAGCCGUGGUUUGUAACCCGUGGUUAAGACAGACUAGAUGCAUCAGCGAGCCCGAAGGUAACCAAACUAGUUUGCAUUUUCUUGGCAUAGGUUAUGAUCAUAAUAGUAGUAGAGCUGAGGAAAUUGUUUACAAGACGCUUUCGGUUUAUCGUAAGGACGUAGGCUAUACCCAUGCGUGGAAAAUCCAUGACUUUGCCACCGAUUCUUGGAAAGACCAAGAGUUGGAAAAAGCAAAAUCUAGAACACGUCCUAGUAGUAGUGGAGUUAUAGUUAAGUUACACUCCAAAAGAGGUGUAUUGUUGAAUGGAAAUUUCUUCGAUUUCUCGAGAGAAAAAUACUCUAGAUUUUGUGGUCUACCAUGUGGGGAGAACCAUGAUCUCGAUGCUCUUGUUCUUAGGGUUUUCAAGGGAGGCCGGUUUUCUCUGUUAAAGCAGUGCCAUGUAACAAAGAAGAUUGAGAUUUGGGUGACCAAGAACAAGAUUAAUAACCGGUAUGGUGGAGAAGUGAAAUGGGUGAGUUUCAUGGAAGUUUCAACUCCUGAGUUGCCGUAUUUAGAACAGAAUUAUCGCAAACCCUACUCUCAGCCAAGUUACUUCAUCGACGAUAAAAGGGACGAUAAAAGGCUCGUCAUGUGUUCUUGCGAUGUAAUUGGUCGGGCUUGGAUCUAUGUUGUGUGGGGGAAUAAGCUGAUCAGUAAAAUCCAAUUGGAUUCUGUGGUUGAUCGUUGGCCUUUGCAUUGUACCUAUUUUCCCAGUUUGGUCUCGGUUCCUGGAACUCGAAGAGAAGAAGCAGAAUUACAAAUGACAAGAAGACAAAUGGUGUUGUUGGUGAAAGGAAAAUGGUUCGAACAGAGCAACGGCAUGUGGACUAACUUAACGGAACGGACUGGGAAUACCAAAACAGUAUUCCUUAGCGCGAGGAUGACAUUUCGUGAGGUAGUGAAGCUCGUGAAAGAGAAAAUGGAUAUCACGGAAGAUGUGGACGUAACUCUGACCUUCCAGUGGCCGUCAUACAUGCUUUGA